ACCUUUUUGUGUAUAUCUGUAGUUUGAGUGAGUACUUAUGUUUGCUUAUGUCAUUUAAUUUGCAAUUGUGAACGAUUUAGGACUAGGCCCUAUAAACCAGUUAGGAAUUUGCACCAUUUAGGUUAGGACUUACUUAAUUGUGCUGGCACAUAGCUGACGCCACCAUGACGAUGCUAAUGCGCUGGCUGUUCCUGGCGGCUGUCAUCCUGGGGCCGUGGAUGGCGGUGCUUACCAACCGCUACCAGUCACCCUGGGUAGACCAGAACAGGCACACUCUGCUGCUCUACCCAUUUGCACUGAUUGCUGCCUUUGGGGUGUACUCUGUGUGUGUGAUUGCCUGGAGAGUAUACAGUUUCAAUGACUGUCAGGAGGCUGCUGAUGAGCUGCAAAAGCAAAUCAAGGAAGCCAAGGAGGACCUGGCGAAGAAGGGAUUCAAGUUUGUCAAGUCGUAGCGGCGCACUCGUACCACGUCAUCAUUGUUGCGUUUCGACACGGCUCUGCUCACGCUCCUGUCCCGGCCUGUACCGCUACCGCCCGGCACGUGUCAUCAGUGAUCUGGGCCGGGGGUGUCGCGGUAUGACCCUCGGGCCGCUGGGCACACUGCUUCCGUCCACCGUUCGGGCUGGCUAUCAGCGCCACUGGACCAGGAUAGGGACAAAUACUGUCUGAAAGACCGGUGCGUGGAGGGUAUCGGGCCGGUGUCCAGUCCGGUACGGACUAUGCUGAGGCCAGCUGUAAGGCAAAUGCUAUUUUGUUAUGGAUGUUUGUUUAUAUUAUGUUGGCUAGUUUGGUGCAGGGAUGAGCGGGAGACAGGUGCCAGCAGCUUUUUGAGGGUGCUGGGACGUCGUGGGGUUGUGACAUGAGAUCAUGUAAAAGGUGGUUUGUCGUAAUAAAUGAUGCAUUCCUUGUUUUGCAAAA